ACUAAAGCAAAGCUUGCAAUUUCCCUUUUCCCCUCAACAAAUCAUCCUACUUUGAUCAUAAAAAAAAUCAAUCAAACCCCCUCAAUUCCUCCUCAACAACCACAACCAUCGUCAUUUUUUGCUGCCCCUAAUUCAAAUUAUUUGUAGUCAAAUUCGGACUCCGAUUUUUUUUCAGUACUAAUCAUUUGUUGGUAGCAGAAUAGAUCCCUUCAUAUUAUUUUUUUCCGUACUACAUUUUUAGAAUCCGUCGAGCAAAAAUGGAAUACGCCAACGGACAUGUCAACGGCCACGUGGAGGAUUUUUGCACGCAAAAGAACUCCGGCGUAGUGCAUGACCCGUUACACUGGAACGUGGCGGCGGAAUCGUUAAAGGGUAGUCACCUUGACGAAGUUAAGGGCAUGAUCGACGAGUUCAACAAGCCAGUGGUCCGGCUCGGCGGCGAGACGCUGACGAUAGCCCAGGUAGCGGCGAUAGCGGCUUCCAACGGCGAGGUUAAGGUGGAGCUGUCGGAGGGAGCCAGGGCCGGCGUGAAGGCCAGCAGCGAUUGGGUGAUGGACAGCAUGGUUAAGGGUAAAGAUAGUUACGGCGUCACCACCGGGUUCGGUGCGACGUCGCACCGGAGAACCAAAGAAGGCGGAGCUCUUCAGAAGGAACUUAUUAGAUUCUUGAAUUCUGGGAUUUUCGGAAACGGGACGGAUUCAGGUCACACAUUGCCUCAUUCAGCCACAAGAGCCUCCAUGCUCGUUAGGAUAAACACUCUGCUUCAGGGAUACUCUGGCAUCAGGUUUGAGAUUUUGGAAGCCAUUACCAAGCUGCUUAACCACAACAUCACCCCUUGUUUGCCCCUCCGUGGAACGAUCACGGCUUCUGGCGAUUUGGUCCCCUUGUCCUACAUUGCCGGAUUGGUAACAGGGCGACCUAAUUCCAAGGCUGUUGGACCUGAUGGACAGUUGAUUGAUGCUUCUGAGGCGUUCCGUCUGGCCGGAAUCAGCUCCGGCUUUUUUGAGCUCCAGCCGAAAGAAGGGCUUGCGCUUGUUAAUGGCACUGCUGUUGGUUCUGGCUUGGCUUCCAUUGUUCUUUUCGAGGCCAACAUCCUAGCUGUUCUUGCUGAAGUUUUAUCAGGACUUUUUGCUGAAGUGAUGCAGGGGAAACCAGAGUUUACCGACCAUUUGACUCAUAAGUUGAAGCAUCAUCCUGGCCAAAUUGAGGCUGCUGCAAUUAUGGAACACAUUCUGGAUGGAAGCUCUUUCGUGAAAGAAGCCCAAAAGAUUCAUGAAAUGGACCCCUUACAGAAGCCUAAACAAGAUCGUUAUGCUCUCAGGACAUCGCCUCAGUGGCUUGGUCCAUUGAUCGAAGUCAUCAGGGCGUCGACGAAAUCAAUUGAAAGGGAGAUCAAUUCAGUGAAUGAUAAUCCCCUGAUUGAUGUUUCCAGGAACAAGGCCUUACACGGAGGCAACUUUCAAGGUACACCAAUUGGAGUCUCAAUGGAUAACACUCGUCUCGCAAUCGCCUCCAUUGGGAAGCUUAUGUUUGCUCAAUUCUCUGAGCUGGUUAAUGACUUCUACAACAAUGGAUUGCCUUCGAAUCUAUCCGGAGGCCGGAAUCCAAGCCUGGAUUACGGAUUCAAAGGCGCUGAAAUCGCGAUGGCGGCGUAUUGUUCCGAGCUUCAGUUCCUGGCCAAUCCAGUCACAAACCAUGUCCAGAGUGCUGAGCAACAUAAUCAGGAUGUUAAUUCGUUAGGAUUGAUCUCGUCGAGGAAAACAGCCGAGGCCGUGGACAUCUUGAAGCUCAUGUCUACAACUUUUUUGGUUGGAUUGUGCCAGGCAAUUGAUCUCAGGCACCUUGAGGAGAACCUGAAGGCCACAGUGAAGAACACAGUGAGUUCAGUGGCCAAGAAAGUCCUGACAAUGGGGUACCAAGGCGAAUUGCACCCGUCGCGCUUCUGCGAGAAAGAUCUGCUCAAAGUGGUGGACAGAGAGCAUGUGUUUGCCUACAUUGAUGAUCCUUGCAGUGGAACCUACCCUCUGAUGCAAAAGCUAAGACAAGUCCUGGUGGAGCACUCUUUGGCCAAUGGCGAAAGGGAAAAAGUCGCAACCACAUCAAUCUUCCAAAAGAUCAGUGCUUUUGAGGAAGAAUUGAAGGCCAUUUUGCCUAAGGAAGUGGAGAAUGCGAGGUGUGAAUUGGAGAAUGGAAAGUCCGGCAUAGCAAACCGCAUCAAGGAUUGCAGGUCCUACCCAUUAUACAAGUUUGUGAGGGGAGAAUUGGGGGCCAGUUUCCUAACUGGUGAGAAAGUUACCUCUCCUGGAGAGGAGUUUGACAAGGUAUUCACUGCCAUUUGUGAAGGGAAAUUGAUUGCUCCAUUGAUGGAUUGCUUGAAAGAGUGGAAUGGUGCUCCUCUUCCAAUAUCCUGAGAAAAUGUGAUCAUUGUUUUUGUGCAGAAUGCAUUUACAUUUAGUACACUGGAAAAAGGAAAAGUAAAUUUGCGUCAUUUUCUCUCAAAAAUAUCUUCCUCCUUUUUAAACUUUUUUUUUAAAAAAAAAAUUUCUUUUAAUUAGAGAUGUAUUGACCUACUAGUUUCAUCCUUUGUAUUUUUAUAUUUCAUUAAUCCGUUACCAAAUCAUGAAACUCAACAAUUGUAUUAUGCGAAUAGUAUUCUUCAACAUGAACGUGAUAAAUUAAAUUCAAGAAUUUUUGAAUACUAGUUCCUUCAAUAUUCUUUCCACUAAAAUGUCAGUGUGUAAUUAGAUGUAGAAAGAGUAAAAAUUAAGCUCACCUUUUCAGCUUUUCCUUUUCUUGCACAUCUUACCUGACAGCAACAUCAAUAGAGAUAGUGAACUCAUUUAAUAAAAUGAUUCGGCCAUUGAUGUACAUCUCUUUUUUUCUUUUUCCUUAUUUUAAAGUUUUAUUUUGUUGUACUAACAAAUUAUAUUUGUUUGAAACUAUCGUGCAAUAUGUAGC